AUGGGUGGAACAAGCUAUCCAGAUGGCCGGCCCCCAUCGCCAUAUCUCCAUAGACCACCUGCACAUUAUGUCACCUUGGUGCACCCUCAGAAGAACAGCAUCAAGGCCAAAUACCCACACCUACCAGACUUUAAACAGCUGCAACACCCCAGCAACAGCAGAGGGUUGCCUCCACCACCAGCAGUGUACAGUCCGAAACCUUUCAUCACUUACUCUCACCUGCCACAUGACCGUGUGUGGCUGGAGUCUUUCCCCCACAUCAGUGGUAGUCCAUCAAUGAACCACAUCUGUGCAUCACCUCCCAAGCCAGAUGCUGCAUCAUAUGGUGAACAUUCACAAGGACAUAGUCCAAGUUUCAUGGAUUGCAGCUCUGCUUCCCAGUUUAUCACGCAGCAUCCUCCGCCAGCAGUCAGGACCAGUCCUGGACAGCAAGUCCAGCAUCCCCUCUUUCCAGCACAAUUUCUACAUCCUCCUCCGUAUCAUCAUCCGUCAUUGUAUAACUCUGGACACAUGUUUCCUUACGUUGUAGUUCAUUCCGGAGCCUCUGACAUGGUACAUUCCAGCGCCAACAACAAUGUUUAUUUUGAUCACUCCCAAGCAGUUUACAACUCGGACACAACAAAUACUUUUAUUACAGACAAACCACCCGACUUGUAUGUUCACCCUGGGUAUGCCCAGUUGACCUCCUCACAUGUCCCACUGCAGAAAGUCCAAGAUAGUUAUAGCCUGAAUACUUAUUCUUCGCCCAUCACUAUCCCCCUUGACCACGCACUGACAGACCAGAAUCAGAGCAAACCUCCAAAGAAGCUGAAUGCAGUUGAGGAGGAGGCCUAUACCUUUGUGGCAUCAUUUUGUCCUCACCUGGGAGAGAAGCCUUAUUGCUUGCCACCUGUGAAGAGAUCGAAGCACCCGGACAAGUCUAUUAAACAGCUGGCAGUGGGCAUGGAAAGUGAGAAGCGGGUCUUAGGGUCAUUUGAGAGGUACUUCGCAGAGCAACAGAUUCCCGUACUGAUGUUGUGUCACUAUCCUCUGACUGGGUUCAUGCAGGUCUACAAACAUGAGAUGUCCAGUCCUGACAGGGAUUUUGCUAGCUUACCUGGCGAACACAGCAGAAGUACCUUGACCCUGUUGUUGCUGUCGGAUGUGUUCAGCGUUACCCUAGUGACAGUGAGCAUUAUCAGUGGCAACUCCGACUUUGCCUACAUCCAGAAGGGAGUGCACAAAGCUGCUGCCCACAUGAAGCGGUGCAGCAGGGCCGUCUCUAAGUGGUUGACCUUUUUAGAUGUUGUGCCAGAUGUCCGACAGGUCAUCGCAUUUCCUAACUUGAAAAAGGUUGUGUUGCAAAGGAUUGUCAAGGACAAGCAGUUCCAGGAAAGCCUUGACUCCGUGGCAACAUUACAUGUGGAUGAUCUGUCAGCCCCGUUUGAGGAGGAGUGGUCUGCCCCGGAGCAUAAGCAACGUUUCCGUCAGUGGAUGCAGGAGAAGAUCAUUUGCCACGCGUCCAAGCUGACCAGGGACAACCUUCGUCUUGUUGUUGGAGCACUGCUGUCUCCCAGACUGUCACAAGUGGACUUUGUUAAUGACCAAAGCCAGAUUUCCCCAAUAACUGAAAUUUCAGGGUCACAAAAAAGCACAGAAAACAUUGGGGAUGUGAGCCAGCUGAAACUGACCAUUGACGGGCUGACCAAACCAUUUGACUGCUUCAUGGAUGAGUACGUGAUGUCCUACUACCCCAAGCUGGAUAAAGUGACGUACCGUGUGCCACCAAUUCAUUUCAAUAUCCAGUCACUUCGGAAGCCAUCCGACUACAUCCAGAUUACCCAAGAUGGCUCCCUUGCUGUGAAACCUACGCUCGUUUUGGAAGACAUUAAACAUAAAACUCUUAUAAGCAUAGAUAGUGCAGGAGAAAGUAAACAAAAUAUUCCAAGACACUCAGACAGUGCAGGAGAAAGUGUACAUAAAACUCUCAUAGACCAUGAUAGUAGAUAUUUUCAGGGAAUGGAUCAGAUUCAGAACAGACGUGAGCUUGAAAAUACACGUGACAGUUGUAAUGAAAUCAUGCCACAUGGCAAGUCUCAUAGAGAACUAUCUGAUCCUUUUAUAAAAGGGCGUCUUCAUCCAGGCCUGCAGCAGACAGAAAUAUCGAUAAAUAGAAGUGAACAAAAUCUUGUAUCAAACUACAUUCAUGCUAGCCCUAUUUCAAUUAGAAAGGGAAAAUCUGUGGCUCAGUCAAGCAUCAGAAUUCAAGAUUCUUGUUUGGAUUCAUCAGAAGAAAGCAUGCAGAACCCGUCAUAUUUGUCCAAUUCAUCACCGCAGUUAUCAGAUUUGGAAGCCGGUAGCAGAAAGACUUCUCUAAGCGAGGCAGUUUUAGAGAGAAGACGGGCGGCCAGUGCAUACCUGGAGUCUCUACAGGAUGUGGACAUUUUGUCCGAGGUCAUGACCAAAGAUGUGAGAGCUGAUGAAGGUGAGAACCGGGUGAUUGGUGCCCUAGAAAAGCUGGGUCAGCAGUUUGGACCCAUGUUCAUCAUCUGCGACUACCAGUACAACAACUACCUCAACAAACUGCGGGAGGAGAUGUUCUCCAAGGGAGAGACCUGUCGGCCAAUCCGAGCUUUUGGGCAGACCAUGAGGGCAGAACAUGACUGCUUGAUUCUCCACAAGAAAUAUGGUGUCCUUGUUGUUUGUAUCAAAGCUAUCGGAGACAACUUCAAUGACUGGGGUGCCUCUGAACAACAGAAGAUUACCUCCACCAACAAGAUUCUAGAGAAGGCUGUGAAGCAGCUGGAGCGAGAGGAGGCUAUGAUCAGACAUGUGACCCUUGACCUGGACAAAAAGCUGGCCUGCCAUAAACUGAUCGCUUUACCCAACAUGACCAGAGCCAGUGUGGAGCAAGCACUGGCGGCAGACAGGGUUCUGGCUGAGAAAAUCCAAGGCACCCUUGGCCACGGAGCUGGGCUGUUCCUCUGCUCAGAUGAACUGCCAGCAAAGUUCCAGUCUGUCUGGGAUGACGAGGGUGGAAGUGUGUGGAGCAAGCUGGUUGGCUGGUGGAAGCAAGUGGAGCAUCUGUUCAAGAAAGCAGGCAGAGAACUUAGCACACAGAUCUAUCGACAGAUUGUUGGAAGGUAUUGUGGACUUUUGUCGACUGUGGAAGUUUGGAGUCCAACCAACCCCCGUGUGGAAGUCAGAAAUGCCUCAGAGGCAGUCAGCGAGUGUGCUGGCCGCUUCUGCAAGCUAGUUCUCCUGCCUCACCAGCUAGAAGCUCUGUGUUCAAAUGACAGACGAGUGUUUCUCUAUGGACCCCCUGGCAGUGGAAAGACUUUGGUGCUGAUGCUCAAGGCCAGAGAGUGGCUUCUGGCGGGUCACACAGUGAUCCUGAUCAACUCCAGACCAGGCUCUCUGGAGGGGUUCCCCUACAUGUACGGCGUUUACAGGCGACUACAAGAAACCAUGGCACAGUUGAAAGUUCACAACUAUCAUCUGUUGAUGAUUAGAAUUGAUUCUUUACAUUUUCGUGCUGAGGAUCUAGCGGGUGUGAUGCCGUCUUGUUGUGUAAUCAUGGACGAGGUGUCAGCCUCUUGUCAUGAAAUCAUCGAACACUUGUGCUGCCUCCAGGUGAGACAUUUCUGGUGUGCUGGACUUUUUGAGGACGAUAAGCCCAACACUAAGCAGGUGUUCACCUCUCACAAGAUGGAUAAAAUCAUCCGCUGUCCUCCAGUUAUCCAGUCCAUAAUGAAGCUUACUGAACAAGAUGUGAAGAUUCAGAUGCCUUACAAGGACCUCUAUCAGAGCAGCUUCAUUGGAAGCAUCUCUCCUCUUCUACACAGGAGAGAUGCAGUCUCUAGUGAUGAUGAAAGGAGUUCUGACAAAGAAAAUUGUCCUGCAUUAUCAAACAGGGGUGAAGUUAAGAAGAUGAAUGUCUUAGCACAAAAAACUUUAAACAAAUUUGGUGUGCAGUGUAGCAAGGAGUCUAGUCUUGGCAGCAGGUUCUGGGUAGAAUUGUCCAGCCAUAAACAAAGCAGUGAAGAAUUUUGCGAAAAAACUUACUUCUCUGAUAGACUAAGGGAGGAGAGCAGGUCAGAGUCCCUGAACCAGAGACUCCGAGAGAAAUAUGGAGGGGAGAAAAGAAACAGUGCAAUGUCUAACAAUAAACAAAAUAACAACAAAGUUCAUCAUGAAAAAACUGGCUGCCCUCCAGAACAAGGGGAAAAUUGUCAGGCAGAAGUCAAGUUUGACCUAGAUUCUCUAAACCAAAGACUCCAGGAGAAGUAUGGGAAGAGAACAGAAACCAGUACAUUGUCUGAGGAUGAUGAAAACAGCAGACACGAGCCUGCACCAACUGGCUAUUCCCACGAACAAAGGAAAGAUACCCAGGCAGAGGUUAAGUAUGACCCAGAUUCUCUGAACCAUAGACUGCAAAAGUAUGGAAGAAAGGAGGAAAACGAGGACAAGUUAAAUGAUAGACAUCACAGUGAGGCACAUGACAAGAAAACUGACUGCUCUCAAGAACAAACACAAGAGUCCCAGUUAGAGGUCAAGUAUGACAUAGAAUCCCUCAACCGAAGACUCCAGAAGGUAUAUGGGGGAAAGGAAGAGAACAUGGAUAGGCCUGGAAUCUCAGAACAACCAUUAUUUGAGCCUCAGAGAUAUUGCUCGUUUGAUCCACAGAGCUAUUGUUGCAGCAGUGCAGAGAUGGGUCUGCCAACAGAUGGGCCCCGGCCUCACAUCAUUGACCACGGAUCACAUGCCAAGUCUGGAGAUCCUAAAGAUUGCUUUCAGUGUGGGCAGAAAGUGGCUGAAGUGUUGGAAGGUCUGGUCAGACCUGACAGCGGUGCCCGUGAUGCUUCUGCUAGAAACCAUCUUCAGAGUCUUCAAAAGAGUAGGCUGGUAUCCGGACUCAGUUAUCCAGGUGGGGGCCGGAUGCGCCCAGCAAAACCGUCCGACUCCAAGUUAACACUAUCAUCAUCAGUCCACAUAAAGUCCGGUCUUCAAGUUAGACAUAAGUUGAAUGCCUACUUGGACAGCAGGAGCCUUGUCUGGUCAGAUGUGCUGGUUGUUGCCCAAGACAUGCCUAAAGACUGUGCCUUUGUGGCAGCUCUCAGGAGCAGACAGAUCCCUGUAGAAGUGCUCAUGACAGGGAAGACAUUCCAGAUUGAGGAUCUGCAGAUGAGGAAACUCGUCAUCACCAGGUACAAGGAGGUGACGGGGCUGGAGAGACCCGUCAUUGUCUUUGUCCCGACCCACGCGCCCAGCCAGCUGCCGCCAUCCAGGAGUCCCACUAGUGCCUUGGACAUUCACUUGGGACAGAGUAUCGCCAGACUGUCACCUGAAGACAGGACAGCCUUAUAUCACAUGGCUUCACGGAGCCUUGCUUCUCUGCUGCUUGUUUUGACUUGA